GAGUUGCAGCUUCUCCUUCUGUAAGAUGACAGCCUAAUCAAUCAAACCAGCCUGGAAAGAGCUAUCGAAAAUUUUCAGAAACUAACACUUCAAAAAGUCUCUACCUUUUCUCUUUUUUCCUCUUCAUUUCUCUGCUCUAACACUAGAGUUUUGAUUGAUUCUUUGUUCCUACCCAAAACCACACAUUCUUCUCCAAUUUGGGUUCUUUGAGCCAUGUGAAUCCAAACCCUUAAGCUAAUUCAAUACCCUCCUCCAUUGUUUUCUCAACUUUCUUCAAGAACAAUCUUGAAAGACCAAAGUUUGAUUCUUUUUUUUGUCAUUGAGUCUUCAUUUUUCGAUUUGGGUUUUAGGGUUCUUGUUUAAAGGUUCAUGCUUUACACAACAAUGGUGUUCACGAAAUCAUUGCUUCUUCUUCUUUUGUUCCUCUCUUGUUAUACUACUACUUCAUCUGCCUUGUUCAACCCGCCGGACAAUUACUUGAUCUCUUGUGGUUCAUCGCAAAACAUAACCUUUCAGAAUAGAAUCUUUGUUCCAGAUUCACUUCACUCAUCUCUUGUACUCAAAAUCGGAAACUCUUCAGUUGCAACAUCGAGUAAUACUUCCAAUUCAAGCAGUUCGAUCUACCAAACCGCUCGUGUUUUCUCCGGUUUAGCUUCUUACAGAUUCAAAAUCACUUCUUUGGGUCGUCAUUGGAUCCGUCUUCAUUUCUCACCAAUCAAGAACUCUACUUGGAACUUAACCUCUGCAUCAAUCACUGUCGUAACAGACGACUUCGUGCUCUUAAACAACUUCUCUUUCAAGAACUUCAACGGCUCUUACAUCUUCAAGGAGUACACGGUCAAUGUCACUUCAGAGUUCUUGACUUUAAGUUUCAUCCCUUCCAACAAUUCGGUGGUAUUUGUCAACGCGAUUGAGGUUGUCUCUGUUCCGGACAGUCUUAUGCCUGAUCAAGCUUUGGCUUUGAACCCUUCAACUCCGUUCAGUGGUCUCUCUCAGCUUGCGUUUGAAACAGUCUACAGAUUAAACAUGGGAGGACCAUUGUUGACUUCUCAAAACGACACAUUGGGGAGACAAUGGGAUAAUGAUGCAGAGUAUCUUCAUGUGAACAGCUCUGUUCUUGUCGUAACGGCGAAUCCUUCUUCGAUUAAGUACUCUCCUUCUGUGUCUCAAGAAACAGCUCCAAACAUGGUUUAUGCAACUGCUGAUACAAUGGGUGAAGCUAAUGUAGCGAGUCCAAGUUUUAACGUCACUUGGGUUCUUCCUGUAGAUCCAGACUUCAGGUACUUUGUUCGUGUUCAUUUCUGUGAUAUCGUGAGUCAAGCUUUAAACACGCUUGUUUUCAAUCUUUAUGUGAAUGAUGAUCUUGCUCUUGGAAGUCUUGAUCUCUCUACGUUGACUAAUGGUCUUAAAGUUCCUUACUUUAAGGAUUUUAUCUCCAAUGGUUCAGUUGAAUCUUCCGGUGUUUUAACCGUUAGUGUUGGGCCUGAUUCACAAGCAGAUAUCACGAAUGCGACUAUGAAUGGGUUAGAGGUUUUGAAGAUUAGUAAUGAAGCUAAGAGCUUAAGUGGUGUUUCUUCAGUUAAAUCACUUGUUCCGGGAGGAUCAGAUAAGGGAAAGAAGAAAGCUGUGAUCAUCGGUUCUGCGGUUGGUGCGUUUAUUGUGGUUCUGCUGAUUGGAGUUUGUUGCUAUUGCUGUUUGGUUGCUUCAAGGAAGAAGCGCUCAACGAGUCCUCAAGAAGGCGGUAACGGUAACGGACAUCCAUGGUUGCCAUUGCCUUUAUAUGGACUGUCUCAGACUCUUACCAAAUCAACAGCUUCUCACAAGAGUGCCACAGCUAGUUGCAUUUCAUUAGCAUCUACACAUCUUGGCCGUUGCUUUAUGUUCCAAGAAAUUAUGGAUGCUACUAAUAAAUUUGAUGAGAGCUCGUUGCUUGGUGUUGGUGGAUUUGGCCGGGUUUAUAAAGGAACUUUAGAAGACGGGACUAAAGUCGCGGUUAAAAGAGGUAAUCCGAGAUCCGAGCAAGGUAUGGCUGAGUUCAGAACCGAGAUUGAAAUGCUGUCGAAACUUAGACAUCGACAUCUCGUCUCUUUAAUCGGUUACUGCGAUGAGAGAUCCGAAAUGAUUUUGGUCUAUGAGUACAUGGCGAAUGGACCGUUAAGGAGUCAUCUCUAUGGAGCUGAUCUUCCUGCAUUGUCAUGGAAACAAAGACUUGAGAUAUGCAUUGGCGCAGCAAGAGGAUUACAUUAUCUACACACUGGUGCAUCACAGAGCAUUAUACACCGUGACGUGAAGACCACGAAUAUCUUACUCGACGAGAAUCUAGUCGCGAAAGUCGCUGACUUCGGGCUAUCCAAAACCGGCCCUUCACUCGAUCAAACUCAUGUGAGCACGGCUGUUAAAGGAAGCUUUGGUUAUCUUGACCCGGAAUACUUCAGGAGACAGCAGUUAACAGAGAAAUCCGACGUUUAUUCGUUCGGUGUUGUCCUAAUGGAAGUUCUCUGUUGUAGACCGGCUUUAAACCCGGUAUUACCGAGGGAACAAGUGAACAUAGCGGAAUGGGCAAUGGCAUGGCAGAAAAAGGGUCUGCUCGAUCAGAUCAUGGACAGUAACUUAACCGGGAAAGUGAAUCCAGCUUCACUGAAGAAAUUCGGAGAAACCGCGGAGAAAUGCUUGGCGGAAUAUGGCGUGGACCGACCUUCUAUGGGAGAUGUACUGUGGAACCUUGAGUACGCGUUACAGCUCGAAGAAACAUCUUCGGCUUUGAUGGAACCUGAUGACAAUAGCACAAACCAUAUUCCCGGGAUUCCAAUGGCGCCUAUGGAGCCGUUCGAUAACAGUAUGAGUAUAAUUGAUAGAGGAGGAGUAAAUUCAGGGACUGGUACUGAUGAUGAUGCGGAAGACGCGACCACGAGUGCCGUGUUUUCGCAGCUUGUUCAUCCUCGUGGAAGAUAGAACAAGAAGAAGAAGAUAAAACACAUUUGGUGAAACAAACAGAGACAGAGACAGACAUUGUUUGUUUUUAAAAAGUUUACAGAAAGAAAGAUAUUAUUUACUGAAGACUUUUGGGUUGGAACAACAAAAUGAUUCAUUCAGAAUUUCUUUCCGAAUUUUUACGGUGUAUUUGUUUUGUAAUAUAGUGAGUACUACUGAUGUUUUCUUAAAGCAAUCAAGAAUCAGAAUGUGAUUAUAUUAACUAA